AUGGCUCUUACACUCUUUAGCCGCAAAGCCCUCCCCUUCCUCACAGUCCUCGGUGCCUCCGGAGCAUACCUAGCAAUAAGCAGAAUGCAUAAGACACAGACCGCAAAUAUGGCACGAAGACAUGAUAGACUAGCAUUGUGGGAGACUGCACGAAGUGGUAUGUAA